AUGUCGUCUACCAACAACCAAGCCGCGCCUCUCGCGCCCACUUCGAUGCCGCCGGAGAAUGGGCUUGGCAUUAUUUCUCCAAAGCCAACAACCGCGACAUCUGCGGCGCCAUUGGGUCCAGACAGUCAGGGAUGUUCGCUCUCCGGCAUUAGCACGCAAUUCUGGCAGGACAUCGACUUAUAUGGCUCAGAGUAUCAAUUUUCAUUCGGAGCGCCUCUCAGCUUGGCAUCUACUUUCUCGUUAGUGGGCGAUGCCAUCGAUCCAUCCACACCUGGUUCAACACCAACAUCUCCGAACGGCUCUACAGAGUUACUGCUUGACAAACCAGACAGCAGGCUAGGGAUCCUUGGUCUGACAGGUGAUUUGGACCCUUAUAUACUGCGCCAAUGCCGAACAGACGAUCAGGGCAUCACCAAGUUCAAGGAGCUGUCUGUUUACUGUGCCGAAGUUCAGCCAACUCCGGUGCAGUUUAUGCUCUACCCACCGCACUUCUUUACGAAGAGUCAAAAGGCGGAGGGCAUCAUCACUGACAACGAAUCCUGUUUGAAAUUACAACUUGAGAAAAUUGUGCCACCAUCUACUGGAAAGGGAUUGAUUUCUCUUUUUUCGAGGUUUAUCGCAGAACAAUACCCCAUCUUCUCUGCUUCACAGCUUCCCGACCCCGGAUCCAGUCCGACGCACCUGCUAGCGGCAACUUACACUAUAGCCGCGCCUUUUGUCGCGCACGAUGACAAGCUGUACAUGAACUUUGCCCCUCCCCUCAACCACUAUGAGUAUACCUUGUAUCCUCUACGGAGCGAAUAA